UCCGAUCGAUCGGGCCCAUUUUCAGUAACCAGAUCCAGAAAGAACCUUCACCCCUGGUGCCAUCGUCGAUCUCCCGCUUCAUUCUGCGCCCACACGACGCCCUCUGCCUUUAUAAUCCCAACCUCCCGCGUCACACACAGAUGACAGACCCCUUCUCAAACAAACCAUUCUUCCCUCAUUCCGUCUCUCUCACUCUCGCCGCCAUGCACCCGGAACCGGAAGCACUGCCCCAGCCUCCUCCGCCAAUGGACACCCACGAGCCCGCCCCGCCGUCCCCGCUCUCCUCCUCCGACAUUCCCCCGCACUUCCCACCCUCCAUCGCGGAGUACGCCGCCGGCGCGCUCGACCUCUCCUUCACCUCCACGGCCUCGGCCUCCUCCUUCGCCACGGCCACCACCUUCAGCGCCCGGAGCUCCCUCUCCCUCCCGUCCUUCUCCUCCUCCACCACGCUCUCCCCGCGGCCGCACUCCUCCUCCGCCUCCCCGGACUGGGCGCACCUCGCCGCCGCCCGCGCCGCCACCCCGGACGGCGUCCUCCGCCUGGCCCACCUCCACCUCGUCCGCGAGCUCGGCCACGGCCACCUGGCCCGCGUCUUCCUCUGCCGCCUCAAGGGCUCCCCGCCGUCCUCCCCGCUCUUCGCGCUCAAGGUCGUCGACCUCCGCGACGACGUCGACCCGUCCAGGGUCUGCCACGUGCUCGCCGAGUCCCGCGUGCUCUCCUCCCUCGACCACCCGUUCCUGCCGACCCUCUACGCGCGCCUCGACGCGGGGAGAUACGCGUGCUUCCUCAUCGACUACUGCUCCGGCGGCGACCUGCACUCGUUGCUCCGGCGCCGGCCUGGCGGGAGACUCCCCGUCGCCGCCGCCAGGUUCUACGCCGCAGAGGUGUUACUCGCGCUCGAGUACCUGCACGUGCUCGGGUUCGUGUACCGGGAUCUCAAGCCGGAGAACGUCCUGCUCCGGGGCGACGGCCACGUCGUGCUCUCCGACUUCGACCUCGCGCUCCCGGCCUCCGUCGAGCCCGCCGUCCGCCAACGCCACGUGCGCUCCCAACAGAGCCGCCGCAGGCGGAAGACAAGAAUGCUCCUCCUGCCGUCGUGCUUCUCUGGCGCCAAUAAUGGUCGCGGCGAGGACGAUGAGAUUGACGCCAAGGAACGGCUGGAGUUCGUGGCCGAGCCGACGGGGGCGAGCUCCAAGGACUGCGUGGGCACGCACGAGUACCUGGCGCCGGAGCUCGUGAGCGGGAGCGGCCACGGGAACGGCGUCGACUGGUGGGCAUUCGGGGUCUUCCUCUACGAGCUCGUCUACGGCCGCACGCCCUUCAAGGGCCCCGCCAAGGACGUCACGCUCAAGAACAUCCUCUCCAAGCAGGUUGCCUACCCGAAGCUCGACGACGGCGACGGCGAAGCGGCGGCGGAGUCCGCGGCGCAGCUCAAGGACCUCGUCGGCAGGCUGCUCGAGAGGGACCCGCGGCGGCGCAUGGGCUCCGCGCGCGGCGCCGCGGAGAUCAAGAGGCACCCGUUCUUCGCCGGCGUCGACUGGGCGCUCAUACGCUGCGUCACGCCGCCCGUGGUUCCGGACACGGACGGGGACAAGGACAAGAAGCAGCCGGCGGCGGAGAAGCAGCUGAGGAGCUGGAACAGUUUGGGCGGCAGCAGCUUCAAGAAGAGCAGCAGCUUCGUGAGGAGGAGGUCGAGCUACGAGGAGCGGCAGGGGGUUUUCCGCAAGCUCAUGAGCUGGAAUCAGGAAUGCCGAUCCAAGAGGACCAAGUCGAGUAAACUGAAAUUUUAAGUCUGUUCUCCGUUUUUCUUUUUGUUUAGUGUGUCGCGCAGUUUGAUUUUGGUUUAGGAGUCGUCGUGGCAUGUAUAGCGAACGGUGCGUGUGGAUCACGACUUUGAAGUUGUGAGGAGGAGCUUCAUUUCGGAGUAGUUUGUACAAAGAUCGAGGCGAUGUGUGUCACUGCGUUGACAUGGUUUCAUCCGUGCCCGUGUAUGGAGAAAUUUCAUCCCUUGCUCUGCCAGAUUCUUUCUCGAAAUACUCUGUGAUCCAGCUCUGA